GUUUGCCGCGUCUUCGAUAAGCAGACGCCGAACAUCGCAUUCCCCCGUUCCCUUUCCAUCUUCGACGAGCGAAGGCGUACCAUGCCUAUCCCAGAACCAUAUCUGCCUGACUUUGGACUCGAUCUAGCUCCUCGCUACCGCGGAGCGGCAGUGUCCGGCCUACCAACCGUCUAAGUAUCGGCAUCGGCCGCUUUCUAAUGACGUCCCGUACCGCCGUCACAAGCCCCGUUCCAAUCGCCUCGAGAUCAGACGUGCCGUCGUCUCCGGAUCGACUGAACAACAUCAUGCCACCCGUGGCGCCACCUAGGACCUCGUCCAACAACUACAACACAUCCAGCGGCACCUCCGUCUCGAAGAGACGCGAAUACACAGGCGAACCCUCCACGGCCUCGCCUCGUCGCGGAGACCACGAAACAUUACGGCCAGACAUGAAUGGCAGCAAUGCAGCCUACACGGAAGCCUCCGCGUCGCGAAGCCGAAGAUCUCAUCAGCACGCCCCCAUGACCCAGGGUUCUCCGCAUGGAACAAGCAGCCCUCGCGAUGGCCGGGGCGGAGGCGAGAUGGGCCUUCCUAUUCGAUCGCACGAUGCGGCAUCCCACGUGGCGUCGUCGUCACCACGGCAGCCCUCACGCGAAGCCAGCGAGGUCCUAACCAAACUCGUCGUUUCUCAACCCGAAAUCGACAUCCAGCGUGAGAGGGAGCGAAUGACGGAGGCCCAACCGCGAGCAUCGCUCGAUGAGGCGGCACCCCCGCCUGUCGUCCCUCUGUCGGAACGUGACGACAACCGCCGAGGUGCUAGACACCACGCCGGCAGAAGAGACAAGGUAGUCAAGUUUGGCGACUACCAUCUCGGGAAUACUAUCGGCGAGGGCGAGUUUGGAAAGGUCAAGCUCGGCUGGAAACAAGAUAGCGACAUCCAGGUCGCGAUCAAGCUGAUCAAACGAGACACCGUCGGGAGUAACCCGAGUCGGCUGGCCAAGAUUUAUCGCGAGAUUGCCAUCCUUCGUGGUAUCCAGCAUCCGAAUAUCGUUCGAUUGCACGAAAUGGUGGAAACCGAGAGGCAUAUAGGAAUCAUUCUCGAGUAUGCCUCGGGCGGCGAGUUGUUCGAUUACAUUUUGACCCAUCGGUACCUUAAGGAUAAUGCCGCUCGCCGGCUUUUCGCUCAGCUCGUCUCCGGUGUCGGAUAUCUCCAUAAGAAAGGCAUCGUUCAUCGCGACCUCAAGCUCGAGAAUCUCCUUCUGGACCGAAACCGCAACAUCAUCAUCACCGACUUUGGCUUCGCCAACACUUUUGACGCCGACGAGGAACUCAGCCAGGAAGAAGAGCUGAAUUUGACCGAUCGCGAAUUUGUGAAACGUAUGGGUCUCGAUAAGCUCAAGCGGAACGGGACUAGGAAAGGCGACUUGAUGCAGACGAGCUGUGGUAGCCCCUGUUAUGCCGCCCCUGAGUUGGUUGUUAGCGACUCCCUUUACACAGGUCGGAAAGUGGACGUCUGGAGUUGCGGCGUCAUCCUGUAUGCGAUGCUUGCUGGCUACUUGCCCUUCGAUGAUGAUCCCGCGAACCCAGAGGGUGACAACAUCAAUCUUCUCUAUAAAUACAUCGUCAACACCCCUCUCACAUUCCCUGAAUACGUCACUCCGCACUCCCGCGACCUCCUCAGACGGAUUCUUGUUCCGAAUCCCAGGAAAAGGGCCGACCUGUUUGAGGUCGCCCGGCAUAGCUGGCUCAGCGAAUAUGCCCACGUUGUCGAGUUCAUCACCAGCAGCACCACGACCCCCACCGAGAUUCAAAACACCACCGUGCCCGCCGAAGACGAGAGGCCAAUGGUCGCGCGUAGUGCUUCGGUCCGUGAGGCCUCCAGAACGAAGGCAGUCAGUCCCACCGCCGUCGUCGGCGGUUUGGCUUCCAAACAAGGGACGGUCGAUCCAGAGGCUGAAGCUGCCGCCCGGAAGGACUCGAAGCGCCGCACUGUUCAGGUUGAGUACGUGGCCCCCACGACGCAAACGCAAAGGGGAGAUGGCCUCAUCGCCACGGCAACCACGCCGACCACGCAAUCCCCUGGACGCGGUAAGUCGAGGGCUCGUUCGAACAGCCAGGGUCCCGUCGAGGUCGAAAGCCCCAAGGACAAGCCCUUACCCAAGGAUCCUCCCGUGUCGAAGGAAACAUACUCGAAGACUGCCCGUCAGAAUACACGCCCACCGAGUUCGUACCGAAACGCGGGCGCCCCCGGGCGUCCAGGCACUCGCUCUACAUCCGACAACGUUUAUAUGUCGAGUGGCGCGGGCCAAACAGGACCGCGGCCGCAGACUGGAGGCUCGAUGGGUUCAGUUGGGUCCAUGGGCCUAGGAGGUGGAAGCCGGCCCUCCUAUGGCCAGCCAAUCCCCCCUUCUGUCGCGGGUACCAACGCCCACGGCAGUAUUCAGCAGCCAAACGACACCAUGGGUCAUCCCAGCGUCAGCGCCAACCCUAUGCCGCCCAAGUUCGCCAGGGUUGCCGGAUACCAACCUGGCCAACAGGGCGGUGGCGGUUAUCGGCCAUCACCACCGGUCGAGGGUAGGGGUCAUCGGCGCUCGAGCACGCUCACGGACCUUGGAUCCAAGCUUCUCGGGCGCAACGCAUCCAUGUUUAGCGGCAAGAGCAAAAGGCGAUCGGAGAUGCCGGGUGAGGAUAGAUCGAGGAAGUAUCCCCCGGUCAGUAUGUCCCUGCAGGGAGGUGGAGAGUCACGACAGUCGAUAGAUUCGAGAGCCUCCCGGCGUUCCUUCUCCAUCGGCUUCAAUAAGAAGCGGAGUGGUAGUAUCACUCCUUCUCACGCCUCUCAGGAGAAGCAGACCCGGAGAUUCUCGCUCCUACCCCCGUCUUUAUCACGAGCCAUGGGCUUCGGUAAAGACUCGGAAGUGCCACAUCCAGACACGCCUUCUCAACAGAACUUGCCCAUCCAAGACCCCCCGGAACUGGAUGAACGAGGGCGCUACUUCGAUGGAGCUUCUCAGUCCAUGGGCCAGACGGCCUACUAUGAUGGUGGCGACCUCGAUACGCCGGGCUACCAGCCCAACCGGCCUCCCUCCAACUCGGCACCGGCGCUGCAACAACGGCAGGGCUCGUCGCACAUGAACAAGCCACCCACCGCCAUCCCAUCGCACAUGCAACAAGGCGCCGUGCUGAACACGGGAUCCGAGUCGUCGCUGGAGAACCCUCGACAUGGCCGCCAGGGCAACAUCCCUUACCAGGCCGGAGGCUUCUCGGAGUCGGACGGCUACGAUGGACGGAGGAUUGGUGCCAAGGGACAACGCGGGACGCUACAAAAGAACAAGAGGUUUACGGACGCCUACGAGCAAGACGACUAUCACAACGGCCACGAGGGCAGCAGCGGCGCAGCGAAGCGUGUUAUGGACUUCUUCCGGAGACGCGGCAGGGCGAGAGGCGGCGAAGAGAGGUAGAGAGGACUCUGGAAACCCCCGGCUUUCUCGCCUUGUUCCCUUCCGAGAUCCCUGAUAUGAUCAUGAGUGCUAUCAACCCUUAUGCGGGCGAUGUACGCAUCGCAGCUGAGUCUCGGUCCAAGCAGGCGCAUAGAGUGCUGGCUGGGCUCAUCAUGACCCGAUGACUCCUCUUUU